AUGACACCACAGGCUUCGAGCUCGUACAUCUCGGCGGCGUUCAAUCGCGCCAACCACAUCGCAGACUGGGCCAACGCCCCUCACAGCAACAUCGCUUACGCAGCCAACAAGUCGAUCGCAAUUUGGGACAAGCCCGGCCAUGCCUCGUCUCCAGGUGUCACGCAGAUCCUAUCCACAGGCUUCUCCGAGGCGAUCACGUCACUCAAGUUCGCCGACCUCAAGGCCGUCUCCCCCUUCCCAUGCAUUGUAGCCGGUUCCGCCGAAGGAAGCAUCGGCGUGUGGUCGUUUCAGGAGCAGCGCGGUUGGACAAAGGCACGAACUAUUCUAGCAGCUCAUCAAGGCUCAGUAUCUGCGAUCGGAGUGAUCCGACCCUCCGAAGCUACGUCAGAGCUGUUCUCUGUCAUCGUGUCGGGCGCUUCCGACGGCUUGCUCAAGGUUUGGAUGCUGUCGGGUGACGCUGCGGAAGCGCCGGCGUUGGUCCAAACAAUCAAUCUCAAAGGUCGAUUUCCUCUGGAUGUUUCGAUGCUACCAUUACCAUCCAGCACUACACCUCAACAUCUUCUCAUGGCUCUCGCCACGACGACCAACAAGAUCGACAUCUACGCCUCCACUUCAACCCACCAACUCGAUUUCCAACACAAACUCUCUCUAGAAGGGCACGAGGACUGGGUCAAAUCGCUCGAUCUCUGCAACACCUUCAUCUCGACGGAUGACGGACAAUCUAUUCACACCAUCAUGCUGGCCAGUGGCUCUCAAGAUUCGAGCGUCAGACUAUGGAAGAUCGCACCCACAGCUCAGCUUGAUGAUGCUACCUCUUCACGGCAGGCGCAGGCCCCUGCUCAGACCCGAGACGACGACUUUGAAAAGAUGGUCGCCAAGAUCGAAUCUGAUCGUAGCAACAAAGCUGGCGAAAUAUCAACUCGAGCACAUCCCUUUGCGGUCGCUCUCGCUGACGGCAACGAGCAGACGUGGGCCAUCACCUUUGAUGCCUUGCUCGUCGGGCACGAUAAUUGGGUCACCGGCGUACGAUGGCAUCCCGCUGCGACAUCCGCAAGCCGCCAGCUAGAACAGCCUGCUGCCCUCCUCUCGUCCUCGGCGGACAACAGUCUCAUCCUCUGGACGCCUUCUUCCCACCUCUCAGACACACCAUCAACGUCUCCCUUUCCCGCUUUCGACUCGGCUCUCCUCUCCACUGGAGGCGCACGGCGCGCCAGAGGUCCCACCUUGCACCACCUCGCUUCUUCCAUCUGGAUGCCAUCUCAGCGCUUCGGUGAGGUGGGAGGCGCCAGCAACCUUGGCUUCUUUGGUGCGCUCUGGCAACCAUGGCCAUCCACGACACCCACUCUCGACGAUCAGCAGCCCGUCUCUGCAGUGGUGGCGCAUGGCUGGGGAGGCUCAGCACACAUCUGGACGCUUCCUAAACAGCAGGUCACGUCGUCGAACGCCCGGUGGCAAGUUGCCGACCCGGUCACGGGACAUUUCGCUGCCGCUAGAUCCAUCUCGUGGGAGCCUUGCGGAGAGUACCUCCUCAGCUGUUCCGACGACCAGACCACACGCCUUCAUGCGAGACCCAUGCGCAGGAAUGCUCACAACAUCGAUCCCCACAGCGCUACCUGGCACGAGGUCGCGCGUCCACAAUCACACGGAUACGAUUUGCACUCCGUCUCGUGGCUCGACCGGCUCAACUUUGUCUCGGCUGCGGACGAAAAGGUCUUGCGAGUCUUUGCUGCUCCCCGCGGAUUCGUCGGUACCGUCGGCAAGGGCGGUCUGCAUUGCGCUGCGCUCGGCUCCGAGGUCGAGUCUCGAGCAGCAGCCCGUCCGGUCGCGGGACAAGAUGCGCUGCUCCACCUCUCCGUUGACCCGCGAUUCGGUCUACUCGCCUCGGCCAAGAGGCACGGUGAUCUCAUCAGGAACACGGUAGAACAGUGUUGCCACGAGCAGAGCGAUUCGGUCACUGCGAUUGUCUCCUCUCCUCUCUUUCAAAGGCCCUUUGACGGUCUCAGCUUCAAGCAGAUCGAGCUCUAUCUCAAGUGGCUCUACGCCCAGGCGUGGAGCGUCGCCGUCAAGCGCGGCCUGAUGCUCGCCAACAUUACUGUACUGCUCGUCCCCGAUACAUCUCUUGAAAAGAUCGCCCGAUGCCUCUGUACUGGCGAGGCGAAAGUGCUCAUUGACGCUAGCGUCGACCAGAAUCAUUAUCUCGCAACGAUCUGGCAGCAUCUUGGAGCCGUUCCUCGCAAGGUCGAUUCGAGCGUUGGCCUGCAGGAAAGUAGCGAGGCCGUAGGUCAAGACGAUGGCAAGGGUCUCAAGUGCUAUCCUGUCGUAGCGCUUGGAGGUACCUUUGAUCAUCUACACGUAGGGCACAAGAUAUUGCUCACUAUGGCCUCUCUCAUCGCCAACCACCGGAUCAUUGUCGGUGUCACGGACGAUGCCAUGCUCACCAAAAAGUCCAACGCUGCCGUCCUCGAGCCGAUCGAUGAGCGGAUCGCUGCCGUCAACGCAUUUAUCGGGCUUGUUCGCCUUCCCUUCACUCCCCUCGACCAGCAAGUGGUCAAGCUCGAAGACGUAGCCGGCCCUGCAGCUACCGAGGCCAAUCUGCAAGCUCUCGUCGUCACGGACGAGACGCUCUCCGGCGCUGACUUUAUUGAUGGCAAGAGAAAGGAGAACAAUCUUGCCUCGCUUGAAAAUUGGGUCAUCGGUGUCGUGGGCAGCGAAGGUCAGACCGAGCUCAAGGGCGAUGCUAAGGCAUUGGCCGAGAGCAAGAUCGGCAGCACGGCGAUCCGCAAGUGGCUCGUCUCGCAGGGUGCACGCCGAGUUCAAGCCCUCGAGACCACCAAGCGACACCGACUUUCUCGCCAGCUUCGUCUGGCAGCGAGCAGCUCAGAGAACGCUGUGCACCAGAACAAAGGUGACGACGUUUCAGCGCGUCCAGUCGGAGCCAGCGUCCCCCCUCUCGGCCUUUCAAAUCGAGCCGUGUUUGAGGGAUCCACGAUCGAAGAAGCGCCUUCCGCCAGUGGACAGCCUGUUGGAUCGGCCAAGGAGUCGCUAUCCGCGGUACUGCGUCAGCCACCGUCGGAAGAACAGCUUUCGGUCGAAACACUGUGGCCCGAGCUGGAGAAACUAUACGGGCACGGGUACGAGAUGCUCUGGGUCAGCGCCAACCCUCCCAAUCCCGUCGACGGUGGACGGACGACGAGCGGAGGGCGGUUUGUCGCUUCGUGCUGCAAAGCGACCAGCGAAGACCACGCCGUGGUGCGCAUCCACGAUCGUCAACAGAACUGGCGAGAAUGCGCCGUGCUGGAAGGUCACUCGCUCAGCAUCACUCGCAUCCAUUGGAGCAUCGACUCGCGCUUCGUGCUCACGUGCUCGAGAGACCGUAGCUGGAGGAUGUUCGAACAGGUGACAGAGGCUGGCAGCGACGAGGUACGUUUUGUACCUUUCACAGGAGAGCGGUCGCAUGCGCGAAUUGUGUGGGACUGCGCUUGGUCGACGGACGUCUCCAGGCCGUACGUGUUUGCUACGGCGUCUAGGGACAAGACGAUCAAGAUCUUUGAAUUGCAGCUCAAAGGUGAAGGCGAAAAGCCCUUUGUUCUGUUGCAGACGAUCAAGUUCAACGAGGCUGCCACGGCGGUUGCGUUUGGAGCGGAUCUGGUGAUGGCGAUGGGAAAGGAGGAUGGCGGAGUCGAGAUUCUUCAAAGACAGGCGGACGAGGACGGCCAGAAGGGCCAGCAGUGGUCGACGACGCUCACGAUCAAGGACAUGGCGUCGGAGCAGAUCAACCAGCUGGCGUUUCGUCCUCCCGUGCUCGACGAUGGUGACGACGCUAUGCUCGCUUCCGCAUCGGAGGAUGGAAGUGUUCGUCUGGUCAAGAUCACCGGGCUCUAG